AUGCUGUUACCCCAGCUGGUUCAUAUCCUUGCUAUAGCAGCUGCUUUGUUGGGAGCAGGCCAUGCGCAGAUAAGUUGUGUAGGACCCCAAGGACCUCCUGGAAAAAAUGGAUCUCCUGGCCCUCAAGGGCCAAGGGGCAAACCAGGCGAGAGAGGAGUUCCUGGUCCACCAGGUACGCCUGCAAGCCAGGAUCCCCAGUUAGAAAGCGACCUCAGAGAACUUCAGUGCAGAAUCACCAGAAUGGAAAGAGCUUUGACCUUGUAUGGAAAGAUUGCAAUUGCUGGUGAUAAGCUCUUUGCCUCUACCGGGAAGACAUCUGUGUUUGAGGAAACAGAAGCAACUUGCCAAGCAGCUCAUGGUUCCAUUGCAUCACCAAGAAACCUGAACGAGAACAAAGCAAUUCAGAGGAUUGUGGGACACUAUAAUACUUAUGCCUAUCUGGGCAUCAUUGAAAGCAAUGAUCCUGGGAAAUUCCAUUUCCGGAAUGGGGAUUCUUUGAAUUUUACCAACUGGUAUAAGAAUGAACCUUCAGGAUCUGAGAAAUGCGUGGAAAUGUACCGCGAUGGCACUUGGAAUGACAAAACGUGCGAUACAUAUCGCCUCACCGUCUGUGAAUUUUAA